AUGGGCUUAGUUACAGAGGAGGUGAGAGCCAAGGCAGAGUCGUACACCGGAGAUGAGAUAUGCCAAGAGAAGGCAAAGUGUUUCCUCAAGGAAAUAUGUAUGCCCAAUGGCUUAUUACCACUCAAGGAUAUAGAAGAGGUUGGGUAUGACAGAGAGUCAGGUGUUGUAUGGCUGAAACAAAAGAAGAGCAUCACUCACAAGUUCGAAGCGAUUGAUAAGCUUGUCUCCUACGCAACCGAGGUCACUGCCGUGGUUGAGACCGGGAAGAUCAAGAAGCUCACUGGAGUCAAGGCCAAGGAGCUUCUUAUUUGGGUCGGUAUCAGUGAUAUCUAUACCGAGGACGGAGGGAAGAUCACGUUCAAGUCACCGACCACACUGUCCAGGACUUUCCCGGUCUCAGCUUUCGUAGUCCCAGAAGAAGUGGAGCCUGCCAAAGAGAAGAGCAGUGAAGCCACCGAGGUCAAGGAGGCUGUUCCAGUCAAAGAGGCUGUUGCAGUUAAAGAGGCCUAA